GCUCCAGACUUCUGGCGUUUCAUCCUUUUUGUGUCUUACCAACAUUCACUUUCAUGAGCAACCUGCCUGCAUUAUACAAAAAGGAGAACUGUCUUGCGUCCUGAUUUGAUUUUUACUACCUUCUUUCUUUCUGGGUUUUUUUUCUAACCCCUAUCCAUCUCUCAUUUUCAAUAGCCCGACGUGCGUCGCACGGCCGUUGCUACGAACUAUACAGCAUGGCGACCAAGGCAGCCUAUAAACGGCUCACUCGCGAAUAUCAAAAUAUUCAGAAGAAUCCUCCGCCAUACAUCAUUGCCCACCCCUCAGAAACCAACAUCCUCGAGUGGCAUUACAUCCUCACCGGCCCUCCGGGUACGCCUUACGAAAAUGGUCAAUACUGGGGAACUCUGAUCUUCCCCCCUGAAUACCCAUUUGCGCCACCCGCCAUCCGCAUGCACACCCCGAGUGGUCGGUUCCAACCAUCCACUCGCCUUUGCCUCAGCAUCAGCGACUUCCAUCCAAAGUCAUUCAACCCGGCCUGGGAGGUGUCCACGAUUCUGAUCGGACUGCUCUCUUUUAUGACAAGCGAAGAGAUGACCACUGGGAGCGUGAGUGCUUCGGAGGCGGAACGGAGGGUGCUAGCUGCACGGUCAAGAUGGUGGAAUUCCACCGGUGGAGGCUCUCACAUCAGUGCUACACCUGGAGUCACUCCUUCUGCCAGAGGAAUCAACAAUGUCAAGGCUGGAGAUGGUGGAUUGAAAUUCCGUACGGAAUGGCCAGAGCUCGACCACGAGAAUUGGAGAUGGAUGAAAGACAGCCGCAUCGACACGAACACAGGCCAGCUUCUACCGGACCCCAAUACUGCCACCAAAUGCUCCCCAGAAACCAGUGCUCUCCGCAGACGGCCCAACGGUAGUGCUCCAGGUUUGGGAGUUGUUGUGGAGGGUGGCCAUGUCGCGCGAGAAGCAGGCCAAAGCUGGGUUCGCCGCAACAAGAUUUGGCUAGGCUUUGCCAUCGCUUUCGGGUAUGCGCUGCUUACAAGGCUGGUGAACGACGUCCAGGGAUGAGCCGCUUAAAUACCUCUUUUCCAAUUCAAAGAAAUUUGGGCCGAUUCCGUGUGAGUAAUGCAUUGACCCUCAACACACUUCGUCUUUUCGAUCACCUUUGUCCAAAGUAAAGGGCAUAACGUUUAAUCCAUCCAAUUGACUCGGGGGAAUGUUCUUGCGGGCCUAUGUGAUUCCAUGUUUUUGUAGGGCGUUCGAAAAAUGGCAAGGCGUCAUUUGAUCACAACUGGAAUAUUGUUUUAGGUCUUCAAGAGCUUUGCAUUACAAUAGCCACUCAAAGUUGCGAAACUGUACAUAUACAAUAUAGCGAGAGCAAGAAUGACAGAUCUCGAGAU